UGUAGGAGACUAAUUUUUGUUUCUUUUCCCGCGCAAACUUCUCUUCUCUCUGGGAGAUGGUUGUUUCAAUAUGCUCGUGUUUCUACCUUUCUACCGUCCUCAGCAUGAAGCUAAAAUACCCAAUAUGCGAGUACACUUCAGAUUUUGUUAGAGAAAAUAAUACAGUGUUAAUCUGUUGGCUCAGUGCAGAGCGGCGUUUGUCAAUCUAACCCUGACAGCCAACAUAGGGCGAGACAAUGGCGAAAAGAAAAGGUUUAGGCGGAAACUCUCGUUCUGUUGACAUUUUCAGCGCGGUUUCAUUAAAUAGCUUAUUUUUCGCAUCUUUUGUGGAGGGCUUCGAACAGGAAUAUUAAUUGCGACUAAAACAUACAAUUAGCGUACGCCAAUGGCGAAGCGUAGGUGACAGCUGUUGUCAUUGAUCAAUGGCGCGCGCGUUUAACAGCCGAAUCCCGAUGUUUUCUUAAGAUUGUUGAUUCAAUUUACCUGCCGUUGCCAGCAGUCAUCGUAGAGAGUCCGUGAUUAACAAGCGCUUGUGAAAUCCUUUCCGUCAAAUUCAAGCGACAGGGAUGGGAUUUUGAGUUUCAAAACAGACGACAGUUAAAAACUCAAUAAGAUCCGUUUAGCGUCUAAAAGCCGGGUAACGUGCAAGAGUCGAAGAGUCAACUAGAGCGUCGAGAUCUUAUAUUGUCAUGGAGAGCGCAAGAAUUCCCAUGCGGGGUAAAGUGAAAGAUGCCGAAGCUGAAGCGUUGCUAAAGUUGCUUCGACGAGAAAAGGAGUUUAAUGAUCGGCUCUCAGCGCCACAAAUUCAUCAGAGGACUCCUUUACCCGCAAUAGGAGACAGUGGUAACAACACCACGACACUACAAACAACAAGUUGCGACAGAACAAAUGGAACAUUCCUAACACAAACAUUUGAAAAUGAAACUGGUCCGGCUCUCAAUUCCGACAUUGAGCAUAGCAAGGAGCUGGUUAGUGACUCAAAAUAUCUAUGGUCAUCGAAAGGAGACGUGAACAGUAAUUUUCAACCUCCUUCGUCUUUAAAAGAGUUCUACAUUCCCCCGUUCACGUGGAAAGGAGAGCAAAGUUCGUGUUACACCAAACACGAACGACAAAGACAUGGGCGAACUUUGCCACCCCUUGAGAUUCCCGUUACUCCUGAUUUUGAUCUUCCCGAACGUCCCUCGUGUCCUAAACCAGGCUCACCGAAGUUCUGGGAGGAUUAACUUGACUUUAAUUGAAAACAGAAGCAAAGUCGGUCGAGAAAAUUUCAACCACGAAGGCAGUGAGUUCGGGUUAACUAACCUUGACGUGUUACAAAUGUAUUUUCCACACGGGGAACAGGUUUGUUAUAUGCCUGCUCCUAUCUUGUCGGAUAUAUCAGGUUAAAUUUCCAUCCUUGAAUAACAAAUCCCACCAAGAGUUGAGACUGAGAUAGAUCUCAGCGGUACAAUAUGGUGUGAAUAACAGUUUAUCACGACAUUCUUUACAAAGCCAACUAUCUUAGAAGGAAAGCGAAAGAAAGCUCUGCUCGGUGUUAUUUCUCAUAUCGUACUACGGAUCUUUCGAGCAUAUCAGUCUACAUAGAUACAUUGAUAGCUUUUCAUAAAGAUAAAAAAGACAUAUGUUGUAGACCUGAAGUAAUUAAUUAGCUGUCUUGGUGGGUACCAUUCAAAACUAAUCUAAUUGUCGGACAGCAUAGUGACACUAAGACAUGAAGAACUGUUGGUGGCCCCGAAAGGACUCUCAUUGGGUUUUAGAGCAACUUAAGUUACCGUUUCAUGGGCUGAAAUUCAGCAUAUCUUCCUCCGCCGAAUGUUUUCAUUAUAGCAGUGAAUUAAAAUGUCAAGAUCUGGGUCAUGAAAUUUGCGGUUACAAGGAUUUUGAACAUGAAACGAUUGACACUAAUUCCCAAGAACAACAAAUCCCGAUGAAAAACCCUUUAAACUCAAGUACUUGGAGCAAACCGGGGAUCCCGAGUUUCCACGGCGACGUGCUCUUGUCUUAAAGCUAUUUUUCUGGGAUUGAUAACUAACAGUACCAACCGCAAUGUAAGAGGAAACUAAAAUAACACCUACAGUUUAUCACAAGACAAAUCACACCAUCCUAAACUGAUUAAAAUUGAAACUUAAGUUACCUUA